UUUUUUUUUGUUCGGAGGUUUAUGGACUUUACGUUGAAACACCAGCAGCAGCAGCAGCAGCGGACCAGCACCGUCCGUGUUUGGUGGACCGUGGAUAAUUGCAUUCCCCCUAACCAUUUGAGGGUUGUUUCCUUGUUGAUCUGUGGAUUAUUAUGGAUUAUUAUGUCUUAAUCCAACCCGCAUCAGACCGGGAUUUUUGGGAAUAACUGCAGAUCUACUGGUGGUGGUGACGGUGAGGAUGAUGACAGAGAAAAGCGAUGGUUUCCCUUCGUUAUGAUUUUGAGUAGAGAGGAGUUCAUUACAUGGAGACUCGCCUGACAUGCCAAGGAAGGAGUUGCCACUACCUGAGGGUUGGGAGGAAGCCAGAGACUUUGAUGGCAAAGUAUAUUACGUUGACCACAUUAACCACUGCACCAGCUGGAUCGACCCCAGAGACAGGCAGACGAAGCCUCUGACGUUUGCUGACUGCAUCGGCGAUGAGCUGCCGAUCGGCUGGGAGGAGGCGUACGACCCGGCCGUCGGAGCGUACUAUGUCGACCACAACACCAAGCGCACCCAGCUGGAGGACCCGCGGGCCCAGUGGCAGCGGGAGCAGGAGUCCAUGCUGCGGGACUACCUGGCCGUGGCCAGCGACGCGCUCAGCGCCCAGAAGGAGAUCUACCAGGUGAAGGAGCAGCGGCUCCGCCUGGCGCAGCAGGAGUACCGGCAGCUCAACGACACGUGGAGGGACAAGUCAACGUCACAGACCAGCUUGAAUUCCAGAUCGUCCUCAUCCAGCAAGUACGACCCAGACAUCCUAAAAGCAGAAAUAGCCACAGCCAAAAGUCGGGUGAACAAGCUGAAGCGGGACCUGGCCUGCAUGAAGCAGGAGCUGCAGUACAAGGAACAAGGCUACGAGACCCUCAAAGAGAUUGACCAGAAGGUGUCCAACAGCCCGUAUGGCUACAAGCUGCAGGAGGCACAGGCUAUCCUCAGCGAGGUCCGCUCCAUCCGAGACGCCAUCAGCUCUGGGGAGAAGGAGAAACAGGAACUCAUGCAGAAACUGGCGGUGUUGAAGGACAGUUUCCAGCUGGACUCGGGCUCCCAGCAGGAGCUGUGGGGCAGCAGUCCCUCGCUCGCCAACUCGGAGCUGUCCAUUCCUCGCCUCUAUUCGGACGCCGGCUCCCAGACCGACAUCCCUGCCGAGUUCAUGACCAGCACCAACAAACUGGCAGAGAAGGUUCGUCUGAGUCUCAAGUACGAGGAAGCCAAGAGAAGGAUCGCCACCAUCGAGGUGCAGAUCGCCAAACUGGACAGCGAGGCAUGGCCGGGGCUGCUGGACCCGGAGCGGGACCGCCUCAUCCUCAUCAACGAGAAGGAGGAGCUGCUGAAGGAGCUGCAGUACGUCGGCCCUCGUCAGCGCCUGCAGCCCAACGACGCCGAGAAGCUGGAGUCGGAGAAGAAGCGUCUGGAGAGAGACCUGCAGGCCGCCAGGGACAACCAGAGCAAGGCUCUGACUGAGAGGCUGCGACUUCACUGCAAGAGGAACAAGCUGGUGAGAGAGCUGGAGGAGAUGGUUCGACUGGCCACAUCACUACACACUCAACUCAAGAGCCUUUCGGCCAGCACUCUGUCCUGUUCGUCCGGCAGCAGCCGAGGCUCCCUGACGUCGAGCCGCGGCUCUCUGGCCACCACCUCCAGCCUGGGCUCCACCUCCUCCCUCAGCUUCACCGACCUCUACCUGGAGCAGCCCGAGCUGGCCGACCCGGACUUCCAGAACAAGCUGGACAGCCUCCUGGAGGGCGGCCAGGGAGGCUACCGCCCCUCCAGCUCCAUCACCACCAUACACGAACACGAAGUAGUGACGGCCUCCGCAGGCAGGGAUGCAGGGAGGCCCGCGGCGGGCAAAGCGGGCGGGGUCGGGUGUUCGGCCGGAGGAGGCUCGGGGGAAGGCGUCGGAGCCGAGUCGGGGUCCUCCAGGGUACCCACGCUCCGGCCGCCAGAAACCCCUCGCUCCAUGAGCUCGCUGUCUCCGCGCUCGUCUCUUUCCUCGCUGUCUCCGCCGUGCUCGCCGCUGGUCACAGACUCUAGUUUCCUGUCGGGGGAGACGUUCGCGGGCCAGGCGGGGCCCGGCGGGCUAGGCCUGGACCUGGAGCUCCACAGCCGGCUAGCGGAGCUCGAGCUCAGCCUGGACUGUCAGGAGCAGCGGCAGGAGGAACAGCGGGGUCCGGCGGGGCCGGGGGAGAAGCAGAACCACAACGCCACGCUGGGCGAGGAGGUCAAAGACUCGGCGCCCCAGCUGCGUGGGACGGGGGCGGGGCCAAAGAAGAUGGGCGUGACCUCAGCGGUGUCUGACGAGUCGGUGGCGGGCGAUAGCGGUGUGUACGAGCCUUCAGAGCGCAGGCCGGGCCUCCCUGCAGACCUCCCGCUCGCCUCCUAUGAGGAGCGGUUGGCGCCGGGCUGCUCUCAGGUGCAGCUCGGCUUCCGCUACGAGUCCAGAGACCAACGCUUCACCAUCUACGUCAUGCAGCUAUCCAACUGCAGCGCCCUCUGUCUGCCGGCUGACCAGAAAAUGUAUGUGCGUUCGGCGGUGCUGCCCUGUGCCGAAGCCACGCGCUGCCUCUUCCGAACGCGCGGCUCUCUGCCUCAGGACGUCGUGGACGUCAACGAGGUGUUCAGCAUGCAGAUAUCCCACAGCGCAUUGCGACAGAAGACGCUGAGGGUCGACAUCUGCAACACCAGCAAGUCGGGCCAUGAGAAGUGUCUGGCGGGAGCCCAGAUCAGCCUGGCUGAUGUCAGCUGUUCGGAGGAGAGAUGCACCAAGUGGUACAACCUGCUGAGUCGCGCCUACAUGCCCGAGAUCAACAACAAGGAGAAAGAGAGCAGAGCAGCCGGCGGCUCCGACAGGAAUCAUGUUUCCGGCAGUGGCGGAGUUGAAGUUUCUGCGAACGACGAGUGGCGUGACGACCCUCUGGACGUGUUCGACGACGACGAUGAAGAAGGAAAUGGCGAGGAGGGGGUGGGGCCUCUGGAGGAAGAGGACGCGUUUUAUCCUGACAGCAGGCAAUGGGAAGCAGAAGAGGAAGAGGAGGAGGAGGAAGAAGAGGAAGAGAAGAUGGUGAAACCCCCGACGACGACAGCAGCAGCAGCAGCCAUCACAGAAAAGGUGAACAAGGAGACGAGCAUGGACAACUUGUUGCCGUCCUACCACUGCUCCGUGGUCCGACCCAAGGAGCGCCACCGGGACGUCCACCAGCAGAACCCCUUCAUGAGGGGGAACACCAUCAUCCGCUCCAAGACCUUCUCCCCGGGCCCUCAGAGCCAGUACAUCUGCAGGAUCAACCGCAGUGACAGCGACAGCUCCACCCUCUCCAAGAAGUCUCCAUUUGUAAGGAACGCCUCCGAGAGACGCAGCAUGCGCAUGAAGAAGCCUCCGGUGCAGGUCAAAGGUCUGGACGGCCUGCUGCGGACGUCCCUGGACCUGGAGAUGGACCUGCAGGUGUCCCGGACGCGGCAGUCCCGGCUGGCGCAGGAGCUGCGCGUUCUGCGGGAGCUGAAGACGCAGCUAGAGAACGCCAGGCAGCAGGGCCAGAGAGAGCUGCCGGCCUGGGUCCAAGAAGACGAACGCUUCCGCCUUCUCCUCAAGCAGGCCGAGAUACAGACUCGCGAGGAGCAGCUGCAGGAGAAGCGGGUGGAGAAGAUGAUGAGGGCAGCAGCCAAGGGCGUCCACAAGAUCAGGGGCCAGAGCUGCAAAGAGGUCCCCAAGGUCCAGACCUUCAGAGAGAAGAUGGCGUUCUUCACACGGGCAAAGAGCAGCAUCCCCGACCUGCCGGCUGACGACGUGUAGACGAGCAUUUCAGAAGUAUCCCCCCCCUCCUCCUCCUCUCCCUCCGAGUCUUAACCUGCUGUUCCCAUACAAAAGCAACCGUUGGGCGGUGUUAUGAAGAAUUUAAAAAAGAAAGAACACUAUAAUAUGUUUUAGUAAAUAAAACGCUCAAAACCGUGAAAAAAAAACACAUUUUUAAAGAGCUCAGCAUUUCUAAUGUGGAUAGUCUUUGUUUGUUAAUUAGCGAUAGCACUGAUAGUUUUUUUUUUUUAUUCUAGAUUAUUCUACUCUCUCUCUUCCACUCUGUUUCUCGUGUUGUGUUUCUGUUACUAACCGGCUGUUUUAUAGGCUUUUUUUUUUUUUCAUUCCAGCACAAAGUCACACAGCUGCACAUGUGCAUACAAAGACUUUUGUACUAAAAUGAAACAUUUGGACAAAAAUUAAAAAAAAAAAUAUAUAUAUGUGUAUAUUGAUAGCACAAAACAAUAUCAAACAAUGGUACUAAAGCAAAAUAAGCAACUUAAGCUGACGAUAAAAGAAACAUAAAUAUCCAAACCGAAGCGAUAUUAUAGAUGUUUGUUUUUUAGAGCAUUUUGUACGCAGACAAACAUGAGCACACCUGAAGCUUGUCUGAUGUGUACAGUAUUGACGGCACAGAUGGUUGUACGUACAUAAGCAUCAUCAGCGCGCCUUCUGUUUUUUUUUUUUUCGCUAAACGGGAAAAAAAACGAGAGGAAAAACUGGAACGCUUAACAAACCCGACUCUCGAUUUAGGUCGAACCGUACAAAAAAAGUCGUUAAGAUUGUCUCUCACCAGUUACGCACACACACACACACACACUCGGCAAAGUGUAGAAACAGCACUAACUUUCACUAACACUCAGGUAGUUUAUCGGAUAGUCUGCACUUUAAAAAACUUGAGGUAAAAGUGAAAAAAAGAAACUAUGUUGAGGGUUUUUGGGAGGAAUAAAUCCAUAAACCUUUUGCCUUGAAUACGCUGGAAUGAUUGUUGAUUGUUGAAGCACACAAAGAUUGUUGAAACACACACACACACACACACAACAGGAAGUAAGAUUAAAUGUAUUUUGUUGAUGACUGAUGUGAACUAAAAGGAGUUUUUAACUUCA